AUGUCACUGUUCCAGCCCAAAUCCCAAAAUGCCAUCACAGUUGCUGUCUCCUCCCGGGUCCUGUUCGACAUGGUGGAAGAGAGGAAGAUCUAUGAAGAGCAAGGUGUGGAAAAAUAUGUGGAGUAUCAGCAGGCCAAUGAAAAUGUCACCCUGAAGCCAGGGCCAGCUUUUUCCUUCGUGAAGGCACUGGAACAAGUCAAUGCCCGACUUCGUGAAUUGUAUCCAGAGGAUGAAGAAUUGUUUGAUAUUGUGCUCAUGACUAAUAACCAUGCCCAAGUAGGGGUGAGGCUUAUCAACAGCAUUAACCAUUAUGGUCUGUUGAUUGAACGGUUCUGCAUGACGGGAGGGAAGAGUCCCGUUGGCUACCUGAAAGCAUACCUGACCAAUUUGUACCUCUCUGCUGACUCUGAAAAAGUCCAAGAAGCCAUUGAAGCAGGAAUUGCUGCUGCCACAUUGUUUACAGGGAAUAAGAAAAUUCCUUUUGAUGAUAAGCAGCUCCGGGUGGCCUUUGAUGGGGAUGCUGUACUGUUUUCUGAUGAGUCUGAGAUAAUUGUGAAAGAACAUGGCUUGGAUAGAUUUUUUGAGCAUGAGCAGCUGAACGAGAACAAGCCUUUGGCACAGGGUCCUUUGAAAGGUUUCUUGGAAGACCUUGGAAGACUCCAGAAGAAGUUCUAUGUAAAGAAUGAACGGUUGGAUUCUCCAAUCCGGACGUACCUGGUGACAGCCAGAAGCGCCGCCAGUUCUGGAGCCAGAGUGCUAAAGACCCUUCGUAGCUGGGGAGUGCAAAUUGACGAAGCCCUCUUUCUUGCAGGGGCACCCAAGGGACCCGUCUUGGCAAAAAUCAGGCCCCACAUUUUCUUUGAUGAUCAGAUGUUUCACAUAGAAGGAGCUCGGCAGCUGGGUACUGUGGCUGCACACGUCCCCUAUGGAAUUGGGCAGAAGUACCACAAAUCCAAACUCAAGGAAGGCCCUGCCAGUAAUUAGAUCCUUUGAACUUAGCUUUGAAUAGGCAGGGUUAAGUUUGAAAGUUUCAUGCUUGGACUCCUAUCAGGAUUAUAUUUGUGUGUGGACUGCACUGUUUUUACAAAUAUAAUUUUAGAAGAGUUUUUUUUUUACUAUAAACGUAAUUUUUAGAAGGAAAAACAGGACUAUUUAAAUAUCUACUCUUCAACAGAUUUCAUUUUUAAUUUCCACUUCUGGCUUGGCCUAUUUCACCACCACCACCAUUCAAAGAUACCUACCCAGUGCUACCUAAAUCAUUUUCUGUCUUCUACAGAAUUAUGAUAGCACAACACAGUGCUGUAGCAGCAGAGAAAUGAUGCCUAGUGUACAGCCGGCACAAGCAAUGGAAAUCUGUAUAGGUUUUUCUAUGUAUACCCAAUACAGACAAGACGGCUGUGCCUUGCUCACAAGCAGUGGGACUGCAGGAUCAAUUCAGUAGAAUACAAUCUAGAAUCAGAUCAAUAGUGUUGCCAUUUAUUGUCCCUGGGAUAUAAAUGGCACUCUUUCCAUGUUGUAACUCUGAAUAUAUUCUCAGUGCAUUAUUUCAAAUUAGAUACAGUAUGUUGUUAUUAAGAUUUCCCUUACAAUCCCCCCACCCAAAUAAAUUCACAGUAAACCCUUCAUCCUUUUCUAAGAAAGUGCUUUGCAAUAUUGACCUCUUUUUAAAACUAUUUGUCCAAUUUAAUAAAAAGUUUAAAGACAAA